GCGUCGUUCCAUUGCCUUCGAAAGCACGUCGGGUGGAAGCAGAUGCCCAAAGUAGAAAAGGUCUGGUCCAUUUCAACAACCUUCACACAUUUGAACUCCCAAACGGUUCUCAUUCCAAAAUCGAAUUCGCAAUACUCCAUUUUCCCAAAAGUGCUUAAGAUCUCAGACUGAUCGGGCUUGGGGUACAAUCAGAAAUGGAGGAAGAGAAGCAGCAACUCAAGGACGAGAAAGCCCCUUUGCAACAACAAGAAGCAAAAGCAGAAGAAAAGGCAGUAGCAGAAGCAGAAGCAGCGGCAGCGAAAAGUGGAGGAGGAUGGGGAGGAGGCUGGGGAUUCUCCUCCGUUUUCACAGAUCUCCAGAAGGCAGCUGAAGAGAUCUCUCGCAACGCUGCGGCGGCUGCUCAGACAGCAGCAAAGAGCAUUGCCGACAUGCAAACCCCUGCCGAAGACUCUGAAGAGUCUUCCAAGGAGGAGGAAGGGGAUACUGAAAAGGAAAGCCAAGAUGAGCACGAGAAGCAGCGAAAGGCUGCUCUGGAGAAGUUGGAGAAAGCUAGUGAGGAUUCGUUUCUCAGCCAGCAUCUGAAGGUACUUGAUAGUUCUGUGGAGAACUUUGCUUCAGGAGCAUGGCAGGCUUUAGGAAGCGCUUUUAGAGGGGGUACCGAUUUAGUUCACAAGCUUGAGCAUUCUGCUGUGAACCUAGCAGAAUCUAUCCAGCGAGAUGGUGCUGGUUCUGUUGCACCAUCAUUGUUAGAGACUGGAAAAGCUUUUACCUCAAAGGGAAUGCAAGCGCUUGAGCUAGUAGGCAAGGAAACCUUGGAUCUUCUGAUUACUGAAACUGGUAUUGAAGUUGAUAAGAAUUCUAAGCACUCUGAUCAAGAAGGUGAAGAGGAUCAGUUAUAUGAGGAAGUGGGGUUUGAUCGAUGUUUCUACAUAUAUGGAGGUCCAGAACACUUGGAGGAACUUGAGGCAUUGUCCAGUCAUUAUGCACUACUAUUUAACCGGAGAAAAGGAAAACUAUCACCAGAGCAGAGAUCUGUUUAUGAUGGAAAGCUUAAGCUGGUUCAGCAGAUUUUCAGUCUGAACUCUGAAUUGGAUGGAAGUGGGGCAGAGUCGGACAAAGGCAAAAAAGAGACUGGAGCCGAUGGAAAUAGUGAUGAGAUGAAGAGCUUACAUGAUUCAAGUGUCAGCAAAGCUGCUGAUAUGGCUGCUGGGUUCACGAGUGCCUUAGCAGGACUAGCUGUUAAUGAUAUAAUUCAAAGAACUACUGGCAGAUUAGAGAGCCUUCACUCGGAGGGGGUUCAUAGACUCUCUGAACUUUGCUGUUCUGCGGUAUCUCAACUGCUGAUGCUUGGUAAAGCCAUCAUAUCUAAUGCAAACAAAGCUCAGGCUGAAGACGUGGAUGCUGAUUUGGGGAAUAUUGACUGGCCUGAAGAUUCUGUUGAAAAAGCAAAGAUAAUCAGAUCAAAAGCACUAGCAAUGACAGGAUAUGUGGAAGCGGUGUCCAGCAGUUUCAUUACAGGCAUAUCUGAUGUUGCUGAAGCGUAUGCAGCAGCCAUAAAGGGUGCUGCAGAAUCCCAAGAAGUGCUUCCACAGACAUCAAUGCAGGAAAAAGCAAAUUCCUUCUCUGAACAUCUCCGCGGCGACCAGACCAUAGCUUUGAGCAAAAUCCAGGACGGGCUUCAUCACUUGUCUUAUGUGGUGGUUUCAACCUCUAUGCCUGCAGCUUAAUAACCCUGUUCCUUUGACCUGUCAUAAGCUAUAUAUUUUGAUUAGCUUUGUAAAUAGUCGCAUCUGGAAAGUGGCUUUGAGUUCUCAUUUGUUUUAACUGUUAUGUUGUACCACUGAAUAUGAGUUCAAUAUUCUUUUCUAGAAUUGUAAAAUGUUAGCCAUCUUUUACAAUUUAGAACAUUGAGGAAGGUUAGAGAUCAUAUAUUGCUUGAAUUAAGGAUUUAUUCAACACUUGAUUCAAUUUUUAUCA